CGGACUACCUCAAGGCCAAUGCAGCUACACUAACGGCCGAUGAUAAGUCACGCUACGAUGCACAGAUCAUCUGCAUGAAGCAACUCCUCGAAAUUUUCGAAUCGAAAGAUUACGCUGACAACGACGACAAGACGAGACUUGAAAUCGUCGACAUCAUGGGCGAGCUUCAAAAACACGGGUCUCCCCCAGAGGAAAUCAUGGGCCCAUUGCCCCCCGGAUUGAGCAUGGGCGCUGACGGUAUGCCAAAUAUGCCAGAUAACUGUGUUAUCAGUUGAAUGCAUAUCGGCCGAGGGAAUGAAUAACUUUAAGGGAAUACCUGAGAGCAUGAUUCAAACCCCAAGCUAUAAAUGUAGCAUCAGAGGGCGAAGGGUCCGGAUGUCGAACUGACAUGAACCAAAAUCAGAACGUUGCUUUAAUAAGUAUA